AUGCUGCACCAGGCUCAAGCCCAAGACGAAUCCGCCGCUGCCUCUGCCGCUGCCGCGACUGCCGCCGCCGCCGCCUCUGCUGCCCUAACUGACGACGAACCCCUGCCCGAGCCCGCAUUGAUCAAGCAGUCGACCCCUCGUAAGGCCCAGGGUCUCGAUCUCGAUUCGAUCUCCAUGUUCCCCUCUCUCGGUUCCUCCUCUGCCCGUCCAGCUGCCACGACCUCCACCUGGGGUGCUGGUCCUUCUUCGCGCGUCAAGUCUGCGGCCGGUAGCAAAUUGGGUGCCGUCGGUGAUCAGCGUCGCUCGCCCGCUACAGCUGCCGGUGCCUCUGCGUCGACGCCCCCACGUAUUUCGAGCUCGGGUAAUAUUCAGGAACGUAUGCAGAUCCCCACGGUUCAGAUCCCUAGUUUUGGAAAGGCCAAUGUCGGUGAUAUCGUCAAGACCGCCAUGGCUUCGUCCGGGGCCCGCAUCGAAUCGACCAAGUCCCAGGCUACUGGUUUGACGACCUUCUUGAUCUCUGGAAGACCCGAUGCUGUUGCCAAGGCCCGCCGCGAUCUUCGAUCCAGCUUUGCCAAGAAGGAAACUAUCAAAUACCCUGUCCCAGCGUCUGCCUGUGCUCAUAUUCUCGGUUCCAAGGGUCGUACAUUGCAGGGUAUCCAGAGUAAGACCGGCGUCAGAAUCGAGGUUCCUCGCCGUGAGCACCAGGAGACUACCUUUGAACCCGCAAAUGCCAACGAGGACGACUUGGAUGCUGAGGAGGAAACGGUGUCGAUUGAUAUCGAGGGUGAUGUUGAGAGCAUCAAGGCCGCCAAGGAAGAGAUUGACGCCAUUGUCAGCAAGGUCUGCCGCAUCAACUACCGUUUGACCACUGUUCCUCCUGCGUACUAUCCCUUCAUCGCUGGCGCCCGCAACGCUAAUGUCCAGGCGAUCCAGCAGGAGACCAACACCAGGAUCAACAUGCCCUUCCACGUCUCAACUCAGGAUGAUGAUGACGAGGAGGAGACCAAGGACGUUGCCAUCGUCAUCCAGGGUGAUCGCAAGAACAUUCGCAAGGCGAUUGAGUUGAUCGAGAAUAACUAUCGGGACGUCGAGCACUCCACCCGCACCAUGACCAUCAACAUCCCCAAGCGUCAGCAUCGCUUCUUGGUCGGAACAAAGGGUGUGCACAUCAACGAGAUCCAUGCCGCUACUGGAUGCACGAUCGAGAUCCCCCCUGUUGACUCCUCCUCAGAUUCGAUUGUUGUUCGUGGACCCGAGUCGGAAUUGAUCUCUGCCUUGACCUUAAUCAUGGAAAAGGCCAACAGCUCUGUGGUCGAGGUGGUCGAUGUCGCCGCUGCCCACAAGGGUGGCAAGGCCGAUCAUGCUCGCCACGUCACCAGGUAUUUGAGUGCCCGCAGCAGGCUGCGAAAGAUUGAGCAAGAGCACGAGAAUGUCCAGAUCAGCAUCCCCAGGUCCGAAGGUCAAAGCUCUGUAACGAUUGAGGUCGUUGCCAAGGCGCGUUCGGAGGCCGAGGCUGCACGCCAGAAGGUCCUUGACGCUGUCAAGGCCAUGAGUCCUGCUCUCUUUGAUGUUGUCCACGUUGAGCCCCUUCUCCACCGCCACAUUGUCGGCCGCAAGGGCCAAAAUAUCAACCGCAUCCGUGAGGCCCAUGGUGUCGAGGUCAUUGUCCCUGAUGCCCAGAGUGACUCGCCCGAGAUUGUCUUGGUUUACGAGAUCACAUCGGACGCGGAUCUCAAGGACUCUGCCAAGAUUCGCGCCGCCCUGGAAGCGGUCAAGCAGGAGGUCGACAAGCUUGCGAACGACGCUACCGACUUUUCCACCAAGAUUUUGACUGUUCCUGCCCGUCUGCACCGUAACAUCAUCGGUACCAAGGGGUCAACUUUGAACGCUAUCAUGGGUCUGGAGCCCGCCACAUCCGUCCGUUUGGGACUUCCACGCGCUGGAUCUGCUGACGACGCUAAGAAGCCUGCCCUGACCGAGGACUCGAUCGUUAUCAAGGGACCCAAGGAUGAGGUCGAACGAGUCGCCCGCGAGAUCUUGGCUUUGGCCGAGGAGGCCAAGCACCAGCAGAUCAUGAACGGUUACACUGUCAACUUUGAUAUCCCCGCCACCGCCUCGCCCCAUGUGAUCGGAAAGGGAGGCGCCAACAUCAGCAGACUGACGGAGCAGUUCCAGGUCAAGUUUGAUUUGAACGACCGUGCCAGUGGUGCUGACGAGAAGAGCAAGAAGUCUGGCCACGAGAUGAUGGAGGUCACGAUUCAGGGAGUCAAGAAGAACGUCGAGGCCGCCAAGGAGACGAUCCUAAAGAUGGUCGAGCAGAUUGCUGAUGCCACUGUUGCGAAACUCAACAUCCCUGUCGAGCACCACAGUGCAUUGAUCGGUGCCAGGGGUCACUAUGUCCGCCGUUUGGAGGAGAAGUACGGGGUCAGGAUUCAGUUCCCCAAGGCUGCAGAGUUGGAGGACGAUGAGGACAAGUCCAAGUUGAACGUAGUCAUGGUCAGUGGUGGAAAGAAGGGCGUCCAGGGCGCCAAGGAGGAGCUCCUCGAGUUGCUGGAUUAUGAAAAGGAGAACAACAACACGCUGGAGAUGGUGGUUGAGCCCAAGAUGCUCCCACACAUUGUCGGUCGCAGUGGUGCGAAGAUCAACGAGAUCCAGGAGGCCUCCCAGACCCGGAUUGACAUCCGUCGCUCGGGCGAGACCGAGGAGAAGCGCGAGGUCCGCUUGGUGAUCAGUGGACCGAAGGCCGGAUUGAAGAAGGCUCAGAAGGCGAUCCAGGAGAUUGUCGACGCACAAAAAUCCCAGGUCGAGGAGUUGGUUCAUAUCGACAACAAGCACCACAAGGUUCUGAUCGGUCAAGGCGGAUCGACUUUGCGCGAGAUCAUUGCCAAGGCCGGCGGGCCCGCCGAGAUGUCGGCUCAGGCGUCGUUGGUCAAGUUCCAGAACAACAACAACGCUGUCCUCCUGAAGGGCGACAAGACUGUUGUAGAGAAGAUCAAGGCCGAGAUGCUGGCGAUGGUUGCAGAGCAAGACAACUGGACCACGUUGACGAUCAGCAUCCCUGCGGCCCAGCACCGCCAGAUCAUCGGACCUCAGUUCUCGAACGUCAAGGAGAUCGAAAACCGCCACAAUGUCCGCAUCCAGUUCCCCAACAACAAGAACAAGAAGGAGGGUGGCAAGGAUGCUGCUGCCACUGAUUCUUCUGCGGAGGCGAUUGCUGCCAAUGACUGUGUGACGAUCAAGGGUCUCCGUGAGAACUGCGAGAAGGCCAAGGUCGAUCUGGAGGCGAAGAUCAAGAAUUCUGCCAGCCGUUCGUUCACGAUCCCUAAGCGCUACCGUCAGGCUGUCUUUGGCGAUGGUGUUUGGAAGAUCCGCAACGAGUUCAAUGUUGUUGUCCAAGUUCCUCGCGGCGAGGGCGGUCGUGGUGCCGGUGGUGCUGGCAAGCGCAUUGAUGCCGACGACGAGAACGUGACGCACGGCAUCACGGACGGUCUCUCCUGGGAGUUGUACGAUGUUUCGGGUGCAGCCGAUGAGGAGGGUGAUGCGCAGUACACGGUGCAGCUCCAGGGAACGGACGCUGCGUGCGAGGCCGUGGAGAAGCACCUUCAGGGCCUGUUGAACAAGGCUCGCGCUUCGACGCAUGUGCUCAAGAUCCGUGUGCCGACGACUUUCCACGGAUUGAUUAUUGGAUCUGGUGGUAACAACAUCAAGCAGAUCGAGGCCGAGUCGGGCACGUCGACGAAGAUUGCGAGGGGCGAGGAGCUGAUUACGAUUAGCGGACCGAAGGAGGGUGUCGAGAAGGCUAAGCAGGCGAUCGUGCGUAUUGUCAACACUUCGGACAAGCGCGCGUAA